CAACCGGUCGACUUGGCCAGCUACGCUUUCUAUUUGCCGAUGGUGAUGAAUCAGCUGCUUGGUCCGGUGUCGAUGCUGAAUCCUAAGAGUAUUAAGCCAUCGGAGUUUCUGAAAGCACACGAAACUCAUUACGCAAAUUUAUCGGGGUUUACUAUGACACCGUUGCCUGAUAAGCUACCCACGGUAUCUAUCGAUUGCACCGUUGCUGGUCGUGUUGAAUAUUUCAACAAACUUCUGUUUAGAUUCAAUCUCGAGACUAACGAAUUGCGCGAUGAAUUAUCUAUAGAGAAUCGGAUAAAGCCGAGGGAUAUAGCGGUGUCGAUAAAUAUCGAAGAAUUUAACGAGAUUGAUUGCCCAUUCGCUAUCGAGUGGUCCCGCGGUGCGGAGAUCAGAAGAACAUCUGAUUCGAUCGAAUGUACCUUACGUCCUGGCGGCAGCGUCUUCUUUGUUCUGGAGUUCAAGCCGAGAAAACGCGGCAGCUUUAGUGCCGAGGCGCCGAUAUACGUUCGCGGCGAGCUCGACGACGGCGUGUUCAAUAAAUUACGUCUCGAGGGCGAGUUUCCCGCCAGUUCGAUCGACAUCGAGCCGACGGAGAUAUAUUUUACGCCUGUUCCUCUCGGUACGGCGAUAGAGGAAAAGUUCAGGAUCCGAGCGAGGCACUUUGAUAAUGCGGCGUUUAUACGACCGAACUUUCCGACGACGUCGCGAUGCUGCGGGGAUUACAAAGACGAGUUGUUACGCAUCGAAUUCCCGAACAGCACUAUCGUUCCUGCUUGUUCCUAUGAGAAAUAUAUACAAAGAAUAAUUACGAUAAUGGAAGAAUGGAUGUAUUCGGACGUGUUAAAAUUUCAUUUCUAUCCAAACAUUCCUCACGGCAUCACGGCAGCAUUUCUGAACAUCUACGUGAAGAGAAAAUCUAAUACAAGAGUUUUUAAACGUAAAAAUAAUGCGACUGUGCCAUCAUUUGUCGACGUGCUGGAAUCGCUCGUAGGAUCGGACAUUCGCCUUUAUCUGAAAGAGCAGUUGAAGCAAUUGUUACCCGAAAACGACAUUGAGAGAGUCAGUUAUGUCAGUUAUGUUCUUGAGUUGUACGAGAAGAUACUCGACUUUCUUCUAUCGCGAGGAGCGUAUUUAGUUCACGUUUCGCCGCAAUUUCUCCUACAUUACGACGAUUAUCUAAUUAGCAUUGACAUCAUACAGAAUAAUGCGCAAAAAAGAAAAUCUGAUGUAAUGCGCUCGCAAUGCGAGCAGUUGUCGCGGCAAUCAUUCGAACGGCAAAGCGAGCAAUCUUGGUUGGAUGUAAUUUUGCAGACGUAUAAGUGUUUUGUGCUCCGUGGAAUACACGAGCAUAAAUUUCGAGCGUUGCCGCUCGUCACGACGUAUUCCUCGAGAAAGUCCGCGAUGUAUCGGGAAUCGAUGGUGUCGUCUACAACGAGUUUGCCAAGGCAGUACGAACUUCACGAGAGAGCCAUUCAUAGUAUUGCGAAUCUGCCGAACGAUAGACUCACCCCCGGUGACCAAUGUCCGGAAGAAAAAUUUCUGCUGAAUUGGCUGCAAUUUCAUUACGAGCAACAACGCGCGCAAGAUUGGAUGACCGAUCGCCGUGUGAUCUUGAAUCCGCGGGAGAAGCAGGAUGUGACCGAAUAUCGCGCGAUUCAGAAUUUUCAUCGCGAUUUGUCGGACAGUCUGAUCCUGAUUGCGGUCACCGCGUCCUACUGUCCCUUCCUCAUCGACGAGUGCUUUAGCAAUUUAUAUAUUCGUCCGAGAAAUAAAGAAGAGGCAUUGCAUAAUGCUAUUUGCUUGGUCACCGCUUGGAGAAAGAUACGACUUGGCUUUAUAAUUACGCCGAUACAAGUAAUUAAUCCGAAUCAAGUACAAAUGUUAAUGCUAGUCGUCCAUCUUUUUCAAGCUUUGCCGACAUAUAUACCUUGCGCCAAGAUAAAAUUUAGCUGCCCGCUAUCCGAAACUGUAACCAAACAAAUAAGCGUGUCGAAUCCGACAGAUAAGACCGUAUAUUAUUUAUUGUCAUUCCUAAGCAAUGCCAAUUGUUUCUUCACUGUUUUAAAGCCCGUCUCGAUCUUGCGUUUGAACGCGCACGGCUCCGGCCAAGUGCAAAUACAGUUUCAUGCCAAGAAAAUACAGAAAAGCAAAGCGUACUUGUUGCUCUGCGGACGUGCUGUUGGACCAUAUUUCGGGAGAAAUCAGACUAUCGUCUUGGAGGGUUACGUCGAUAAUCUGAAAAUAACAAACGAGUAUGUUAUACGCAGCAAACUGUAUAAAAUCGUUGACAUAAAUCUCAGAAUCAACGUACCUUAUCGAAACGCGGCAGAGUAUGAUAUAUGGAUGACGGAAGAACGGCCGAGCCAUCCCUCGAUUCUAAAAAUGACACAAUGGUGCGAAUUACGUGCUAGAAAAAUACCGCGGAGACUUUUCUUGAAUCAUAAAUCAUUGAUCGUUACUGAAGGUGCAUCAGAAGCGAAUUUGUCGAUCACUGUAGCAUGUAUCGUAGCUAAGCAUCAAACUUUUUGGUUGAUCUUCCAAGCAAAGACGGGUGACUUUAUUAUCCAAAUAAACUCGAUUUGGCAAACAUCUGUCAAUGAUCACAUCGUCGUCGAGUGGACGACUCAAGGGGAAUGUGUUUGCUCCGAUUCGCGAAGCAUAAGAGAUGCUUGUCCGUUUAACAUUAACCUGCCUAUACCAUCGCGAAAUUCUCAGUUUUGGAAAUGCGUGGUCAAAAUGUUUGAGAAAACUCUUGAUUCUAGAGAACGCCAGUUUUGGGCCAAAUUUUUGUCCCAAUACUCGAGUACAUACAUUGAAUUAUGUUUAAUACGAUGGUUGAUGAGAGAUGAUGAUGAUUCCGCGGCUUUGGAAUUUGUCCAUAUUUUUAACACCACGGUCACGUAUAAAGUAACGAUUUCUGACAAAUUGAGUCCCCUUGUUGUACCAGAAUAUAUCACUAUUCAAGAUGUGAGACCGUCCAAUCAGCAAAUUCCAAUAAUUGCGCAUAUUUUACCAACAACUCCUCUAUUGUAUGAAACAACAAUCACUCUCACAUCCUUGGAUGGCAAAGAACUUCGAGUAUAUACUAUCAGCUGUUUACAGUCAUAAAAGCAAGUUAUCACUAUUGUACAACUAUAUAUUAAUUGUAAUUUAUUCAUGUAAAUUAUUGAUGUAAAUUU